GCUGGGUUAAGAGCUGCUUACUGGGAGAGAAGCACUGUUAGGUUCAGAAAGAUGUUUUUCAUGACUGUUUGACUGGUUGUAUGCAGGCAGAGGAUGGAGCUGCCAAAAAGCCUUUUGCGCCCAAUUAGAACUGCACAAGUUGAGUCUUAAAACUGAAAGCUCUGUGGGAAUAUUUUCACAUCUUCUGGUUUGGUUCUUUGAACUUUUUUUUGGUUUUUUUUCACCUCUUGACUUGAUGGACGUAAACAUCAGCUGAGUGAGUGCGGCGCGUCGCUGCUGCUUUACAGCCGAAAGCAGUGAGCUGUGUAGAAAGUCUGAGAAGCUGACCUCUGCUGGAAGGACUGUCCACCCAGGGGCCACCUCCCAGGCCAGGCUUCCCUGCUCCUGCAUAAUUCCUCUGCUGGUAUAACAUGGGGAACCUACUGAAAGUUCUGACAUGCACAGAUCUGGAACAGGAGCCCAAUUUCUUCCUCGAUUUUGAAAAUGCGCAGCCCACAGAAGCAGAGCGAGAGGUGUGGGACCAGGUGGAUGUGGUGCUGAAAGAUGCCAAAGGGAUCCUGGACGAACUGCAGGCCUAUAAAGGAGCAGGGCAGGAAAUUAGAGAGGCGAUCCAGAAUCCAAGCGAUGAUGCCUUGCAGGAACAGGCGUGGGCAGCUGUAGUUCCUUUGGUGGGAAAACUGAAAAAGUUCUACGAGUUCUCCCAGAGAUUAGAAGCGGCGUUGCACAGCCUGCUGGGUGCUCUGACCAACGAGACGUACAGCGACCCAACCCAGCACCUGGAACGGGAACAGGCGCUGGCGAAGCAGUUCGCCGAGAUCCUGCACUUCACCCUGCGCUUUGACGAGCUGAAGAUGACAAAUCCUGCCAUUCAGAACGACUUCAGCUACUACAGGAGAACCCUGAGCCGAAUGCGGAUCAAUAACGUUCCGGCAGAGGGUGAGAACGAAGUCAACAAUGAACUGGCCAAUCGGAUAUCUCUGUUCUACGCUGACGCCACACCCAUGCUGAAGACGUUAAGUGACGGCACAACAAAGUUCGUAUCAGAGAACAAGAACCUUCCCAUCGAGAACACGACAGACUGCUUGAGUACGAUGGCGAGUGUGUGUAAAGUCAUGCUGGAAACACCGGAGUACCGCAGCCGUUUCAACAGUGAGGACACGGUGUCCUUCUGUCUCAGGGUGAUGGUCGGAGUCAUCAUCUUGUACGACUACGUCCAUCCUGUUGGAGCCUUUGCCAAGUCAUCUAAAAUCGAUAUGAAAGGCUGCAUCAAAGUUCUCAAAGAUCAGCCUCCAAACAGCGUAGAAGGCCUUCUCAAUGCUCUCAGGUACACCACAAAGCAUCUGAAUGACGAAUCAACCAACAAGACUAUCAAGAGCAUGCUGCAGUAGGAACUGAGCUGCAACCACUGCUGGGGAGAAGCACCACUCACUGUCCUGAGGGAUUUAGCUGCACAGAAUGUUUUUGUUUUGUUUUUUGUCAUUUAUUCUUUUUUUGUUGUUGUUGUUCUUGGAAAAUGAGCUCAGCUCCGCCCAUUUUUAUGAUGCAAAUGCUACUGCCAUUACGACGUCUCUUUCUGUGCCAAACAGAUGACGCAGAGAUGCGAUGUUUUCGACACAAGGCCACGCAAAGAUGGCGGCUCGUGAACGCAUUGCAGACCCUCUGGUGUUUUUAAAGAUUUCUUGUUUUUCCCUGGAUAAGGGAUGGGAGUGCUUUGACUUGAAAAUUUCAGAGAGAUAUAUAGAGAAGUAUAUAUUAUUUUGUUUGAUUGGUUAUUUAAUUACAACUUCUGCAUGAUGAAAAUGUCUUCUAUUUAAAAAAAAUCUUAACAGUUCAAUUUUGCUCUGUUGUGCUUUAUCAAUUAUGUUAUUGAAAUGGUACUUGUCAACAUGAGAUUUAAGAGUACUGUUUUUAUAUUUUUAUAAGUUUUAAUUUGUGCAUAUGUCUUUUUGUUCAUUGGUCUGAUGUAUUUUUCAGUUGAAAACUUUAAACUGUGAGGGGUGCAGAAUCAAAAUGAAAUCUGGGAUCUGUACCGUAAAUGUACAAAAUUAUGUGGCUGGAGACAUUAAAGGUAGAACUCUUGUUUUCUACAAAAAAAUCAAAAAACGUCCCAUCAGUUUUUAUUGGCAAAUUUGUGAGAAAAUGGUUUUUUUUUACACUUUUUUUUAGCUGGUUUUAAUUCUCAUGUGAAAAGUGUCAGAUUCUCACGUUUGACCACAAAAUGUCUCCGAGAAAAACGUUCAGAUCUGUUCCCCUGAAUAUAAGCUGUUGUUUUUCUCAGAAAUGAGCUCGACUUUUACUGAAACAUCUUUUGCAAAUAAUCUACACUGGAUAGCUUAGCAUAAAGGAACAUCUCGGUAUAAUGCAGCCCUUAUAACUUUUUUGCCUUUUUUGAUGUUCAGACAAACUUUAAUAUCAGACAAAAGUGAUCUGAGUAAAUGCAAACUGUUUUAAAAAGCUCAAGAAAGCCAUCAAGCUAACCAGAUCCUAGUUGUUAAAUCAAAUAUUGACUUGGAAUAGGCCCAAUUUUGAAGGCCUUACUGUAGAAUUAAAAAACGUUCUAAAGGGAACCUGUCUGGCAACAUGAAGUAGGCGAAAUGUCUUAAUUCUGGAAAACGCAUAAAAAAGUCAACCUUUUAGUUGUUUUUGCAGGACUUUGGAGAUGAAAAUGUUUUCAAAUGUAAUAUAAAAUUAAAUGUUGCACAAAAAAGAAGACUUUUUACUUUAAUUUUUGAAUAAUUUGGUAUUUUGGACAACAGAGAUCUUUCUCAGUAAAGUUUGUCCAGAUUGUGGUAACUUCUGACCCUUUAGGGAGAAUUUAUUCGCAAAUUUCACAUCCAGUAGCAUUCAAAGACUGAACAACUGGGUAAAAAUUUAAAGUUUCUUUGAAAUAGAGACAUAAUGUUCUGACACAGUGUUGUAAUGAAAAAUGACUCACCAUGCCCUGAUCUGAAGGUCAAGCACAGAUGAGAAACAUUGACAUGCAUCAGCCUGUAAAGAGUCACAAAGCCGUUGUCUGUGGUUUUGGGACUUCAGGGGAACAACAGUGACAGCCAUGAUCCAGGAAUGGAGAAAAGUGGAUCAGUAACUCAUUCAUGAGGUCACAGAAGAACAAAGAGUAACAUCUAAAGCCCCUCAGGCCAAACUUACCUCAGUUUAGCUUAGAGUUCAGGUUUAACAGAGAUUCGGCAGAAAUGGCUUCCAGUGGAGGGUUUCAAGGCCAAAAAGGAUCUUUGUGAUCCCCAAAACUUUCAAAUUGUCAUGUGGGCUGACGAGACAAAAGUGGAACCUUGUGGAAGGUGUGCGUUAUGCUACAUCUGGUGUGAAACUAACAGAAUUUCUGAAAAACAAAAAAAACAAAAAACUUAACUUUGCAGUUUGAUGAUCUGGGACAUAAAGAGAAAAUUUAUUUCGUUUAUUGUCAUUGCACAUUAAAUAACGCAUAAACUCUCAAAGGCAAGUUAAAUGAUUGAAUAAAAUAAAAAUAAAAAAUAUAGUUGAAACAACUAUAC